AUGAAGCAGCCACAAGUCGACAGGCAGUCUUCCCUCCCUUUGCCUCCUUCGGGGGCCGCCAACAAACACAAUCCCGCCGAUACUGAGCACUACGGCAAUUGGCCAAAUGCCGGUGCUUUCAACACUCUCCAAGAUACGAGGACCAAGAUCCAGAUUCCAAUUUCUGGCUACUUUCCAAACCAUGUAGCGGGCGAGCUGUAUCGUGCCGGUCCCGGUCAGCACCGAGUCCCACGGACGAACCCAAGUGAUGGCUACGUAGAGGUCGAUCACUGGUUUGACGGAUUUGUCACCAUGCACAGGUUCGAAUUGGUGGCCGGAGCCGACGGGAAAUGCGAGCAGGCAUGGUACUCGUCCUACAACCAGGUCGAUGAGCUGCUGCAGAAGGCCAAGGACACGGGACGUAUUGACGGUAUUACAUUUGCCCAACACCGUGAUCCCUGCGAUACGUUUUACAAAAAGUUCAAGUCCGUCUUCAACCAGAGCGCACCCAGCAAUCAGGCCAAUAGCAACAUUGCAGUUGCUUUCCAGCCCACACUGCCCGCCAAUGUGAAGAGCGCCAAGGAGAAGCAGGGCGACGUCAAGGACCGCCGUCUGGUCACCUCCACCACCGAUGCCUGCGUGACUAAGACCUUCGAUGCUGAAACGCUUGAGCCUCUGGGCAUUACAAGACAGGAACAUCUACACUCGUCGCUGAAAGGACCGCUUUCAGGUGCGCAUCCCGAGUACGAUCCCGCCACCGGCGAUGUGUACAACUACAAUCUCGAACUGGGACCUCGCCAUAUCUACAGGGUCUUCCGCGCCAACACAAAGACCGGCGAUGUGGAAGUGUUGGCAGAGAUUUCUGGAAGGGAUAUCAAAGGAGCCUAUAUCCAUUCGUUCUUCAUGACACAGAACUUUGUGGUGUUGUGUAUCUGGCCAGCUUUCUUCAAGAACAUGGGUCUGAGUGUGCUGUGGGAACGUAACAUUCUCGACGCACUCGCUUACGAUGCCAAUGCUCAGACGACAUGGUUGGUGGUAGAUCGCAAGGGUGGGCGAGGUCUGGUCAAAAAGUUCACAAGCCCGCCGUUCUUUUCUUUCCACACAACCAACGCCUGGGAGGAGAAGAGUACGAAAGAUGGGGAAGUCGAUCUCAUCCUGGAGCUUUGCACUUUCGGCAAUAUGGACAUCCUGAACCGGUUCUACUACAAAAACCUUCUGUCGAAUGGAUCUGGCGUCCACAAAUACGCAGACAAUGACCGCAAGGAACUCAAUCUCUCCCGGUUCAAAUUAUCUGGAGUCCCCCUCCAAGGCUCUUCGCUAUCCUCCAAGACAGAGAUUGCAGCUCGCAUCCUCGAUGUCCCAGCGCCCAACGCCGGCGACCUGCCUCGCAUUAAUCCAAACUACAACUGCAAGCCCCAUCGUUAUGUCUGGACCGUCAUCGAUACGGGCAAGUCUUCGUUCAUGGACUCAAUUGGGAAGACCGACAUGCAAACUGGCGAAUGCAUCCGCUGGUCCACGCCCAGGCACACUCCCUCAGAACCUGUCUACGUGCCUGCGCCGGGGGGUGGCGAAGAUGAAGGGCACGUUCUCUGCGUCGUGUACGAUGGUGACAGCGGAACGAGCUAUCUGUUGUGUCUUGACGCCAGUACGAUGAAAGAGGUCGGUCGCGCUGAGGUCCGCAAAGCCGUUGGGAUAGGCUUCCAUGGCAUGCAUUCGACGCCUCCUGUAUCCGCAGCCAAUCAGCAGUCUUAA